GCUGCAAUCAAAUCCACCCACGCACUGCAAAUAUUAGGCAGGUCAGCGCAUUUUGCUUGCUACCUGCCCAGGGUCACGUGAAGAACCUGGCAUUGCACAGAUCUGCUUCCCUCAGGAAAUUCCUAGAGAGAUUGACCGUGGCUUCCACUGCUGGUUCUUUCUCUCUUUGACGCUGACCAGAUAUCCCUGGUUUUCUCCGGCGGCUUUCUUCUCUGCAUGCCCCCACAACAACUUGACAGUAUUAGCACCAGGUUGCCGAUGGAUGGUCUGCCCUGACCUAAUCUUCAAUAAACCACAUCGGUACAGCGUUCGAUUCAUCGACGUUGCUCGUCGAGCCAACCGCAGCCAUGGAGGGCAAUCUCGAACAGACCAUCAUCGAAUGGCACAAUGAUUUCGAAGACUUCCCACCCGACGCUCACCUGUGCUGCCCGAAAUUAAACGACGAUGAUCUCACCGACUAUGAGAACCUCGACUUCCCCGAUGAGCCCGACGAGUCUGGCGGCGGCGCCGUGUCCGUCGAGGAAAAGAAAAAGCGAAACGAGGACUACAAGCAUCGCCUCCAGAUAUCAUACAACCUCAGCCUCCUGAUGGGACUCCCGCCAGAGCGCUCGAGCACAUGGCUUCCUAAUUGGAAGGAGCGUGUUGAAACAUACCUUACACGGUGCGACUCGUGCAUACGACGCUGGCACCGAGCACGGGAACCCUUUCUGCAACGCCUCCCCGAAUGCCUGCGCCCUGAGCAUAUCCGUGUCAUGGAAACCCACCUGGACGAUUUCGACAGGGGACGCAUCGACCGUGGGCUGAAGGAAGCCAGAGAUAUACUUGAAAGGAAUGGUCCGAUGACAACAACGAAGUUGGUCCAGCACAGCAUCUCGGCAGUCUUGGCUCUCUUUGAGGCACUCUGCAGUUGGAAGUAUCUUGCGUUCAAGGAUCGCAUCCAGGACUUUGACUAUGUUUUUGAGAACACCCAGCGUAAGAAGCCCGCCAAAUUGCCUGGCGGUUUGCUUCCAUCGAUGACGUCCUUUCUCUUCUCCGAGUCAAAGUACAAGAGGGACUUUGCCGAGGCCGCUUGGGACCGGCGAGAACCCGAAAGCUUGAAGCAGGACGAGUGGGAUUGGGCCGUAUCUCCCUGGUUGACAGAGUCAAUCCUGUGGGUUUCGAUGAGCAGAGGGGGCAACACUCCAGAUAAGAUACCCAGAUUCUGGCGGGGCUUUUCGAAAAUACUGCGGCUGUUGGGCGAGAAACAAAUUGUGAACUGGCUUCGAGCAAUGGAGGUCUCGCCCAAUAUUUAUUUUCUUGCCCUGGAGCACUUGAUGACGGAUUCAGACGAGGCCCUGUUGUCGGUCUUGCAAGGACUCCAAGGUCUCAUGGAAAAGGCACCCAAAGCGUUUUGGGCUGCGUUUGCUCAGCUUUCGCCCAGCACCUUGGUGGAGCAAAUCUUCAUGAGCCCAGGCUUUCGUCCGCUCCUGAACAAUUCGCUUCUGCCCGAGAGGAUGGAAUCGGGAGGCGACAGUGGCGACAGGGUACCGGCAUUGGCUGGCUGGCUAAUGGCCUUCAUUCGUUCACUGCCGCAAAUCCAGCGCUCAGAUGCAUGCGACACUGUUUUGCAGCAUCUCCUGAGCACGUUUCGGCAGGAUCCGUCGUGCGACCGCUCAGCACAUGCUACUUGCACUCUCUCGGGCUUGGUUGCUCUCCACGAAUGCUUGAAGGGCUUCUUGGACCCAGAGAACCCAUUCGACACACAGACAUCCCUCAUCACGGUCAAUCAGCUGCUGAACAAAGUACUCCAGUAUGGUGAAGUCAUCAUUGGGGCCGCAAAGCUGAGGCCUGGGGACACAUACAACAUCGGUCUCUCCAAGGCCGGCAUAGCCAUUAUUCACUCAGCUUUGGCCCUUGAUGCGCGAGCCACGGAGAUCGAAUGGAAGGCCCUAGUUGAUCGCCGGCCAGUCCAAAAUAUUAUGAAUAGGGAUUCCGGGAAACUGUGGGAGUCUUUUCUUGAGAUGCUCUGGCCCUCUCAGCUCGGCCAUUUCGAACUGGCAGAAGCUAUGCUACAAGCUACCCUGCCGCUACGUGCCAUCGAGAAGUUCAUCCCUAAGCGAAAGGAGAAGCUCAAGAAGGAACACGAGGUAUUCAACAAUCGAUAUCAACAACAAACAGCUGCUAUUGGAAAAGUCCUGAACCGCAUGACCGACUUUACGCAGUUAGAGCUAGCAAACCUGUGCUCCAGUUAUGGCAAGACGAUCCAAGCCAUCGUGUCAUCGCUCAUCCAUGGCGAAGAGGCAAUUCGCGAAGCUGGCUUUGAGCUGAUCAAGGCCAUAACUGACGAAAUGGUUCGCAGCGAUGCCAUUGAAAGGAUGGUGGAGAGGCAUUUCCAGCCGUUUGUGCAAGCUAUCACCAAUGCUGUUGAAACCAUCUCGGCGUACAAGGGUGAAGGUGCACCUUGGACUCACAUGAUCCCCAUCCUCCAGUGCAGCGACUUCGUACUGAAUGGCCUUUGCGAUCCAUCGUCCGGUCAGUUGAGACGCAAGACCCUGACGGCCGAUGAGCGGGCCGUCGUCAAGAGCUGGUGGAGAAGUGUUUGGAGGGCCAUCGAUCACUCGUUUAGGAUGAUGAGGAAGUGGCACGAGAUGGUCGAGAAGAAGGUGAUGGAGGACUUUUGUCGAGAUGUCAUGGAGCUCGCCAACAAGCUGUUUGAGCAAGAUGGUGUUCUUGCCUCUGCUCUAAGCCACCAAGAGAGCAGUGAAACUGAAAUCCCGACCUCAGACGCCAUGAAGGAUGUCCUCGAGCCGCCUCGGUUCUAUUCUUUCUCGCUGGUGGACAUGCUUCAGCUCCGUGAUCAGUACCUUAUCUCUGGUAUUAUCAGGAUCGUCAAGCAGCUGAUUACCAGAAUGAAGCAGCAGGACAUGGCACUGCCUCCAAACACCUUGUUACACCUGGGCAAGAUGAUCAAGGACGCCAAGCGAUCACAUGGCGCCAGGCCAGAGUAUCCUACUAAGACAAAUCUGACGGACGAGCAGCGCAUUGAACUACUCAAGGCUCUCGGAGAGGAUGCCGUGAUCGAGGAGCAGUUCAUGGGCAUCAAACCCGGCGAGAAAGAGGCUAGAGAGCGCGCUCUCAAGCAGAGCAAGCUUGACUUCUUCAAGGCGACCUCCAAGGACUACAAAGAUCCUCUGCUCAGCCUCACACCGACGUAUGACAAGAACAAGUCGAAGCUGGAGCAGCUGAAGUCCGAGAUAGUCAAGCCCAAGCAGCCAACAGUGCUUAGUCCAGCCGCUAUUUCUGCAAAGCAGGCCUCUCUCAAGGAGGCGCGAGCUAGGGAGAAGGCCGAGAAGGCCAAGCGUGACGCCGAAGCUAUUGCCAAGGCCAGAGCUUUGCGUGCGCCGACAAAGAUUGUGGCAGGUGAAGGCUCUGGUUUGCAAGGCAUCGCUGGUGCAAAGGGCAAAGACCAUGCCCCGGCGUUGAAGGACGAAAUCAUGGUUGGGUCGUCUUCGGAGGACGAGGACGAGUCGGAUGAUGAUGAUGAUGAUGAGGUGAUUGUUCUCAAGGCCAAGAAGGCGAACAAGACCUUGAGCGAGGCUGAUCAACGUCGUCUUGAGCUCUUGAUGGCGAAGAACCGCGGACCUGUGAAGAAGGUCAAGCUCAUGCGGUCUGCCAAGGAUAUGCGUGCUCGUUUGAUCCCCCCGAUGGACACACUUCACCUUGCGAUUCUUGAAUGGGAUAUUUUUCAUGAAGGGAAUGACCCUCCAAAUGGGUAUCGCUGUGCGGAAGUCUCCAACACGUACAACGAUCCCGUCAGCUACAAGCAAACGUUUUUCCCCCUGCUCAUCAAUGAAGCCUGGCGGUCGUUCGUGACGGCCAAGGAUGAAACUACCUCGAAGCAAUUUGGGAUCAAGGUUUUGAGUCGUAUGGCGGUUGACAAGUUUGUCGAGGUCACGGCUUCGGUGCCUGCUGCGGUUUCCAAAGACCGUGGUCUCUCGGAAGGCGACAUUGUGUUGAUGUCAAGAGGAGAGGAUCCCUUGAACCAACCGGAGGAGUUGCAUUGUCUUUCUCGUAUCUGGAAGACAACCUACAAGAAAGACAUCGUCGAGGUUGUCUAUCGGCUGAAUGGUAGGGGAAAUCCAAUCCAUCAGGCCCUUGUUCCGGGUAGCGAGUUCUCGGUGGUCAAGAUCACCAACAUGACCACAAUCGAGCGCGAAUAUGCUGCUCUGGAAAGCUUGCAGUACUAUGACUUGAUGGAUGAGGUUCUCAAGGCUGAGCCGUCGCCGAUGCUCAACUUUGGCGAUCAGGCUAUCAAAGGGGUGAUGGACAACUACCAACUCAAUCUUGGGCAAGCAAAGGCCAUCUUGAAUGCGAAGGAGAAUGAUGGGUUUACUUUGGUACAGGGCCCUCCGGGUACGGGCAAGACUAAAACCAUUGUCGCCAUGGUUGGCUGCCUGUUGUCGAACUCCCUCAAGGGUUCCAAUGGUGCCGUCAGCAUCCCCCGGCCGGGACUCACGGCAAAACCCACCACAGCCCCGGCCAGGAAGCUGCUUGUCUGUGCCCCCAGUAACGCAGCCGUGGAUGAGCUGGUCCUGCGUCUCAAGCAGGGCGUAAAGACAAUGAACGGAACCCACCACAAGAUCGAGGUGCUGCGUCUCGGUCGAACUGACGCUAUCAACGCUGGUGUUAAAGACGUGACCCUGGAUGAGCAAGUCAAGGCACGGAUGGAAGCGGUGAUCAACAGCAGUGGACCCAGCGACCGCGAGCAAAUGCACAAGGAAGCUGGCGAGAUCAAGGUCAAACUCUCCGAGCUUCGGCCAAAGCUUGAUGCUGCUCAAGCUGCCGAUGAUCAUCAGUUGAUGAACAAGCUGAAGAGAGAGUACGACGACCUGAUGAAACGCCGUGCCCACAUCGGAGCUCGCAUCGAGGCCGAUAAGAGCAGUGGAAACACGUUCCAACGUGAGGUCGAGAUCAAGCGCCGACAGGUUCAGCAAGAAAUUCUCGACAAAGCUCAGGUCUUGUGUGCCACACUGAGCGGUAGCGGCCACGAGAUGUUCAAGAAUCUCAAUGUCGAGUUUGAGACGGUCAUCAUUGAUGAGGCGGCCCAAUGUGUGGAGCUUAGUGCACUCAUUCCGCUCAAGUAUGGCUGCUCAAAAUGCAUUCUGGUCGGUGAUCCCAAGCAGCUGCCGCCUACCGUUCUCUCUCAGUCUGCUGCUAGAUACGGCUACGACCAGAGCUUGUUCGUCCGCAUGCAAAAGAACCACGCCAAAGAUGUCCACCUGCUCGACAUGCAGUAUCGCAUGCACCCCGAAAUCAGCAGGUUCCCAAGCAAGGAGUUUUACGAAGGGCUGCUCCAAGACGGCGCCGACAUGGCAGGCUUGCGUCUCCAGCCGUGGCACCAGAGCGUCUAUCUUGGCCCUUACCGGUUCUUUGAUGUCAAGGGUUCGCAAUCGCGUGGGCCUAAAAACCAGUCCCUGGUUAACGAGGAAGAGCUCAAGGUUGCUAUGAAACUGUACCAGCGCUUCCGCUCUGACUACAGCAACGUCGAUGCCAGAGGCAAGAUCGGCAUCAUUACUCCCUACAAGGCUCAGCUUCACAGAUUGCGACAGAGGUUCACCGACAAGUAUGGUGAGGGCAUUACAGAGGAGAUCGAGUUCAACACUACCGAUGCGUUCCAGGGUCGUGAGUGUGAGAUCAUCAUCUUCUCUUGCGUUCGCGCCAGCCCGACUGGUGGUAUCGGUUUCAUGACUGAUAUUCGCCGCAUGAACGUCGGUCUGACACGUGCCAAGUCAUCCCUGUGGAUUUUGGGUGACUCCCGGGCGCUUCAGCAGGGUGAAUACUGGAAUAAGCUCAUUGAGGACGCCAAGGAGCGUGACCGGUACACCACCGGUAACAUUCUGGCCAUGCUGGACAGCCGUGGUCCGCAGUUGCCAGCUGCCGCCUUUAAACAGCUGGGUGCCCCCCCUCCUGCACCAUCUCGCCCACGCCCAACCGAAGAUGUUGAGAUGCCUGAUGCGCCUUCUUCUAAUGUGGAGAUGCCUGAUGUGCCUCCAGCCAACCUGCCAUAUCGUCGCCCAAGCGGUCCUCGUGAUGACAUGCCGCCCACUAUCCAGCCAACGGUUGGAUCAACAGGAAAGAAGCGGGCGCGCGAUAGCAACGACGACGGCCGCCCGUCCAAAAAGAUUCAACAGAACGCGAAUGCGGCGCGUCACAAUAUGAAUGCCGCUCCACCAGUCAUGCCGAGAGCAGCCACGGUGAAGCCACCCAUCGACCCGUCAGCUAUGGAGGUGUUGGGCCUGGCGCCCCCGGAGAGGGCACCUGCGGCUCAACCUCCACGUCCGCAGCAAUGGGGUCAGCAGCCUCAGGUGGCGAAUGGGCCGGGACCAGGACAGGGCCCGAGACCGAACGGGCCGCCUAAUGGACAGGGCCAGAGGCCUAGUGUACCCCCGCCCGGAUCUAGGGGACCGGUACCGCCAGCACGCAAGCCAGCGAGCGACCCCUUUAUUAGGCGGAAACCAGGGCCAAGACGUUAA